AUGAGUAAAAACAAAGUCAAAAAAACCAUAAUAUCUGAGGAAAUCUUGAAAAUUUUUAUUGAUUCUUGUAUCCAUGAUGAGCCACAGAAUCGUAUAACAGAUAGGAUCGCAACGUUGAUUUCUUCAAGUGAAGAGAAACUCCGAUACACGCCAAACAAAUUAUUUCAGCUAGUCGUUCAAAAAUGCAACGACGAUAAUAACCGUAACUCAAAAUAUUUCGUGUUAUUGGGUUUUUUUAACGCAUACGGAUUCGGGACACUACGUAAUGAAGCGGAAGCAUUUAAAUGGUAUCUGAAAGCAGCCGAGCAAGGAGACAUAAUUGGUCAACUACGAGUCGCCAUUUAUUUCGAGUCGGGAAUACGGAAAGAUAUAACGAAAAGUAGGUACUGGUUCGAGAAAGCUGCAAAUUCUGGGCUCGCGAUUGCUCAAUAUCGACUAGCCAGAAGCUUACAAAUCUCCACCGAAACUGAUAACGACGAUGUUUCAAAUUCGAUAUUUUGGUUGGAGAAAUCGGCGAAAGCUGGAUUCGAUAAAGGAAUUCACGUGUUAGCCUGGAUAUAUGAACGAGGAAAAGGCGUGCCAAAGGAUUUUAAAAAAGCAUUUCAUUGGUAUAAGAAAUUGGAGGAUUCAAAAUCGGGAAAAGCGACGAGAAGUUUGGUGUUGUAUUGUUUGAAUGGGUUUGGUACGGUGACAGAUAAACAUGAAGCUAUAAA